AUGAUCGACCAGCUCCGUCAGGACAUUUUGAAGGUCAGAUAUGCUGAAGAGAAGCUAGGCGAGCUGACCCCCGUACGACCAAUUGCGCAAGACCCUCCCUUGAACGCCAAGAUCGCUGACUACGUUAAUAAGAACGUCUCAAGUGCUCAAUCCGACAAGAAGGCCCGCCAGCUAUGGCCGAGAUACCAGCCAUGGAAAUGA